AGCAACAUCUGGACUCCUCACGCUCCAAUGGCUUCCGUUCUGGCAUCGGAGAUGUACCAUGUGGUGGGAAGCGUUGCAACUUCGCAAGGAUGCCGCUUGGGCCAAAUGGUUGAAAGAUGUAUGAGUGUAAUGCAGUCUGGGACUCAAAUGGUUAAACUAAAGCAUGGAGCCAAAGGUCUGGUGCGUCUAUUUUACCUUGAUGAGCACAGGACCUGCAUCAGAUGGAGGCCAUCCAGGAAAAGUGAAAAGGCAAAAAUUGUAAUUGAUUCUAUCUACAAAGUCACUGAAGGCAGACAAUCAGAAAUAUUCUAUCGCCAUGCAGAAGGUAACUUUGAUCCCAGCUGCUGCUUCACCAUUUACCAUGGCAACCAUAUGGAGUCACUGGAUUUGAUAACUUCUAAUCCAGAAGAAGCUCGUACCUGGAUCACUGGGUUGAAAUACCUGAUGGCUGGGAUAAGUGAUGAAGACUCUCUUGUGAAAAGGCAGAGAACACACGAUCAUUGGGUGAAGCAAACAUUUGAGGAAGCAGACAAGAAUGGAGAUGGCUUGCUAAAUAUUGAAGAAAUCCAUCAGUUGAUGCAUAAAUUGAAUGUCAAUCUGCCCCGCAGAAAAGUAAGACAAAUGUUUCAGGAGGCUGACACAGAUGAGAACCAGGGAACGUUAACUUUUGAAGAGUUCUCUGUGUUUUACAAGAUGAUGUCGUUAAGGCGUGAUCUCUACUUGCUGCUGUUGAGCUACAGUGAUAAAAAAGACCACCUCACUGUUGAAGAAUUUGCUCAGUUUUUGAAGGCAGAACAAAAGGGCAAAAAGCUCCCAUAUAGCCUUGGUGCUGAUGCUGAAGAAGGAGAAGUCUCUGAUGAAGACAGUGCUGAUGAAAUUGAAGAUGACUGCAAGUUAAAACUCUCAUAUAGCAAUGGCACAACUGAGCACCAAAUGGAAUCUUUUAUAAAGAAGAAACUUGAAUCCUUGUUAAAAGAGUCACAGAUCAGAGAUAAAGAAGACCCCGACUGCUUCACUGUGAAGGCACUCUUGAAAGCAACACAUGAGGGGUUAAAUGUUAACUUCAAACAGAACUCAGACCAGAAAGAUGCCUGUAAAAAAUCUCAUAGCAGACUAAUGAGCAACUUUGGUAAACAUAAGAAACCUGCUAAACCAAGAUCCAAAUCUCAUAGCACAUCUGAUGAUGAGGAUUCCCAGCAAACCUGUUCUGGAAAGGAAUCUGGACAGUUAUACAGGUUGGGACGCCGGAGAAAAACAAUGAAGCUGUGCCGUGAUCUUUCUGAUUUAGUGGUGUACACCAAUUCUGUGGCAGCUCAAGAUAUAGUUGAUGAUGGAUCUGUGGGGAAUGUGUUAUCCUUCAGUGAGACGAGAGCACACCAGGUGGUGCAACAGAAGGCAGAGCAAUUUAUGCUUUAUAAUCAGAAGCAGCUCACAAGAAUCUAUCCAUCUGCCUACCGGAUUGACUCCAGCAAUUUCAACCCUUUGCCAUAUUGGAAUGUUGGCUGCCAGCUGGUGGCAUUAAACUACCAGUCUGAUGGGCGAGUGAUGCAGUUAAAUCAAGCCAAGUUCAAGAUGAAUGGGAAUUGUGGAUACAUCUUGAAACCUCAGCAGAUGUGCAAAGGCACAUUCAGUCCGUAUUCUGCGGAUCCACUUCCUGCAUUCCCUAAGAAGCAACUGAUUCUCAAAAUCAUCAGUGGACAGCAGCUACCAAAACCGCCAGAUUCCAUGUUAGGAGAUAGAGGAGAGAUAAUCGAUCCAUUUGUUGAGGUUGAAAUUAUUGGGUUACCAGCUGACUGCUGCAAAGACCAGACAAGAGUCGUAGAUGAUAAUGGCUUUAAUCCUGUUUGGGAAGAAACACUCAGCUUCACCAUCCACAUGCCUGAAAUAGCAUUGGUUCGGUUUCUUGUUUGGGAUCAUGAUCCUAUUGGACGGGACUUUGUGGGGCAAAGAACAGUGGCCUUUAGCAGCCUUAUGCCGGGCUACCGUCAUGUUUAUUUGGAGGGACUAACUGAAGCAUCUAUAUUUGUUCAUAUAACAAUCAAUGAUAUUUAUGGAAAGUGGAGUCCCUUAAUCCUCAAUCCAAGUUAUACUAUAAUGCACUUUCUAGGAGCCACAAAGAACAAGCAACUGAUAGGACUCCGAGGUCUUUUCAACAAGAACCCCAAACACAGUUCUGUGGAAAACGGUGGUGUCUAUGUUCGAAAAAGGUCAAUUGGGGAACGAUUUCUACGCCGCACAGCCAGUGCUCCAGCAAAGGGCAGGAAGAAGAGCAAAAUGGGCUUUCAGGAAGCCACUGAACUUAAGGAGAGUGUGUCAGAGGUGGCAGACUUGAAGGACAAAGAAGGAGUUCUAAGACGUACAAGUAGGAGCUUGCAAGCACGUCCCAUCUCCAUGCCAGUUGACAAGUAUCUUUUGGCAGGAUUGCCACCACCAGAUCAGAAUGCCACCGCUAUCACUGAUAAUAAAAAAGAAAACACCUCUGCAAAAAGUAAAAAUACUAGAAGUGAAGACCACACAGAUCUGAAAGAAGCAGUUUCUUCUUCUGAGAAAGAUUCAUCUUUUACAGCAUUUGCACCUUCAUUUGAAAAAGUUGUUCCCAAGACUGAUAAUUAUCCAACUUUACAUGCUUAUGAAAAACCAGGCAGCCUAGACUUUGCGACUGGGAUAGCUGAAACUUAUUUCUCCACUGAGUACUGGAAGAGUAAUGAUUCCAGUGAGUCUGUUCCUAUAAAGGAGGAAUCGGAAAAAGAAGAGAAUGAAGGUGUAUGUUGUGUGGAUCAAAAGACAUUGGGGGACAUUACAGUGUCCAAAGAAGAGAAAAAAGUAGCAGACAACUCUGUUCCUCAAGGACAUGAAGAGACUAUUAUCAAAUCUCACACACCUGUCAAUAGCAUUAUUACUGAUUUAUCGAUAGAUGACCCAUUGUCUUCUGACUGUUAUGAUGUCCAUGACUUUCAUUCCACACCAGCCAUACAAGAUACUGAAAUUUCUCACCUUAUCAGUGAGGUCUCUUUAACUGAUGAAAGUGAUCUGAGUGCUGUAUCAGCACUGAUAGAUCAGUCUGUUAUUAUAAAUGAUCAAACUAAUUUGACUGUUGUGUCCAGUCCUCCUGGAAUUAACAAACAGAUCGUUAAUAUGAAGCUUACACAUCCACCACAUAUGUUGACAUGUGAUCAGAAUAAAAUGCCUGAUUGCAAGUCUUCUAAUGUGACACUGGUUGAGCUGCCAGCAUAUUCAACACCAGAAAUGACUAUAAUAUCAACCCCUGGGACAACAGAGUGUUCGCCGUACACAAUUAUUCAUGAAGCUUCUAUUUCUCCAACCUCUUCCCAAGUAGACAAGCUUGAUUGUGAGAAUGUAAACCACUGCAUAGAAGAUACUGGUACUCUCUCUUCCUGCAUUUCGCCUGCUAUUCUGCUGAAAUCAGACCCCAAAAGGAAGUGUAGAACAAACUGGGAAUCUUUCAGCGACAAUAAUUCCUUCUUUUCAGACACCUCAGACAUGGAGCAUACAAUAUUUGUCCCUCUUCCCUGUGCAAAUUCUGCAGGUAGCAGUUUAAUGGAAGUUGAUGGGGGAUUACAAGACCUCUUGAUCACUACCUAUGAAUAUAAGAGAGAAGAUAUGAGUCAACUUGCUUCUCCUUUGAAACUUAAGCAUAAUCAGGACACUCUGUACUAUAACAAAACUAUCUGUGAACAUCUAAACAGCAUGGACAUGCACAGUGCCAACCAGGUUGAAGAUUUCAAGUUUAAGAAAGAAAAGAAACAAUACCUUCCUUACUCAAAACAUCAAAAUGUUGAUCUUUUGUACAAUAAUUACUUUCAAAUUUCAGACAUGCAAAAUGAAUUGUUAAACAUCUCCCAAACAGCCAGUAUGCCCAAGAAUGCUCUACCUUUGCCUUCUCCUCCAACUCAGAAACAACCAAGCCCUUGUAAAUCCAAAAGUCUUGGAGAUUUGACCUCAGAAGACAUCUCUUGUAAUUUUGAGAGUAAAUACAAGUACAUUAGUAGAGGUUUUAUUACAUCUGGCAUGAGAGACAAAAUGGUGGCUACACUAAAGGCAAAGAAACCUCAGACUACCGAUGCUCUGACAGAACAGCUGAGGAAACUAGUGUCUUUUGAUCAGGAGGAUGGUUGCCAAUCUUUCUGUUCUAAACAAAAUGAUGAUUGCCCUAAAAUGUUGGUUCGAAAGCUGUCAUCCAGGAGUCAAAGCAGAGUGCGAAACAUUGCUAGCCGUGCCAAGGAGCGACAAGAAGCCAGCAAACAAAAGCUUUCUAAUAAUGGCAGCAGUGUAGCUGGGGUAGUCCUUCGAAAUAAGCCCUCGGUGCCUCCUCAUGUUAUCAACAGGCAUUCCACUGGCUCUUACAUAGCAAGCUAUUUGGAUAACUUCAGUGCAGAUGAUGUAGAAGGUCGAGGAGUACCAGAAGGUGCAUGCACAUCAUUGCGGUUUGGAUACAGUGAUCGGUUUUGUAUGGAUGAUUCAGUUUUGGAGACCAAGCCAAGAGAAGAUGAUAAGCCAGAAAUUUAUUUUCUCCUGAGACUGUAAAUUGUAUAUUUGUACAUUUUCAUUGUUUACAAACUUUCCCACUGAAUGAAGGAUUAUCAGUAAGCAUUGUAGCCAUUAGCAUUUAAAUUACUCAGAAAUGUAUUUUUCUGUCUAUGUCAUGGAUUAAUGUGUCCAUUUCGAUCAAAGAGGAUGUAAAUAGAUGUUGUAAAAUUUC